AUGAUUGAAAAUAGAUCUUUAAUUAAUGGCAAAUUAAAAACAUAUAAAAAGCCAACAUCCUGGCAUGCCAUCUUUCCAAUGUUUUUAGUUGCUUUUUCAGGAGGAUAUUAUAAUACACAAAAUGAUAUUGAUGAUAGUCUAAUACCAUUUAAAGAUUGUGCUAUUCCUGAAGUUCAAAAAAUAGUAUCUCAAGCACAAGCUAUCAUUAUGUUUCUAACCUGUGCAUCAACAUUGGUGGUUGCAGGUUACUAUGGCCGCUUAUCAGAUAUAAAAGGACGUGUAUGCAUCAUUCGUAUAUCUACAUUGGGUAAUUUCAUCUAUGUAUUCUGUGAUCUAAUAACCGCUAAAUAUUAUGACAAAAUCGGCAUUUUACUUUUAUUUUUCGGUCCUUUUAUCCGAGGUAUCAUGGCUGGCGAAAGUGUAUUGAUGGCUACUGUUCAAGCCUAUAUUGCUGAUUGUACAACCACGUCAAACAGGACAAUCGUGUUUGCAAGACUUAUGGCAAGUUUAUUCAUUGGUUCGGCUAUAGGGCCCUUUAUCAGUAGUUUAAUCCUCAAGAAUACGAAAAGUAUCGUGAAUGUGUUUUAUAUAGCUUUAUUUGUUGACUUUAUCAAUGUUAUAUAUACCCUAUUCUUUAUGCCAGAAUCAAAUGAAUUAGCUAUUCAACCUAAACAAGAUAAUGACAUGGUGAAAUCAAUUCAUUUCUGGGAACGUUUAAAUGUGUUUUCAGCACUAAGAAUCUUAUUUAAAGAGAGUCCAGCUCAUUUAACACGAUUUGCUUUACCUUGUAUGGCCCUUGCUGAUUUUUUAUUGACUUUAGUAAGGAGACCACCUACAUUGUUAUAUGCUAUGCUUAAAUUUAAAUGGACUGCAUACGAAGGUAGUCUCUAUUAUACAUUUGCGUCUAUGAUGAAGCUCUUGAUGAUGAUAGCUAUCUUGCCCCUUUUAUCAAAGUUCUUUAAAAGAUAUUAUCAUUGUUCUUCCAUCUCAUUUGAUAUCUGGAUGAUACGAAUCGGUAUUGGUAUCGAUGCACUUUGUCUUACAUUAUCUGGCUUAGCAACUCAUGUCAUUGUAUUCACACUAGCUGGUAUGCUACAAAGUUUCUCUAUGUUGGCUCAACCUUCGAUUCGUGGAUUGAUUACGACUUUAGUGAAUAGAAAUCAAGUAGGUGAACUUUUAGGCGCCAUAGCUAUAUUAGAUUCAUUAGCCAGUAAAUAA